AUGUUGCUCGUCAUGUAUUGGACCGGUGUUUUCCGUACGGAAGCGGGACAGUGCACCGAGCUGUGGAACGUGACCUGGGACAGAGUGGAAGCUUUCCUCCCCGGUCUCCGAGACGAACUGUUCCGCGAAACGACGCCCGCAGUCCAAGACGAAGUUCCCGCGACGGCGGAGGAAGUCCCCCCGGAGCUUUCGGACGAGGACGAGGGAGGUCUCCCACCGGUGAUGAGUCUCGAGGAGGCGCUCAGAGCUCCCCAACGGAGAGCAGCGCCGCUGGCCAUCGGCGGUAUACUUCUUCAGGAAACCCCCCUCACGCCGAAUAGCGCCAGCCCGGCCUAUGUGCAUCAACAACAGCAACAACAAAACCAACAACAAGCCCAACAAGCUUCGAUGCUACCCCAACAACAGCAGCAGCAGCAACCAGCUCAGCACUACAACCAACGAUCGCAAAUCCAACAACAAAUGAGCCCGGGGCCGAAAUCGCAGAGUCAGGAUAGAAUUCCGCCUCUACAACAAGAGCAACUCGCUGAGCAGGAGCAGCAGCGGAGGGCCUCGUUACCGGCGUCUGUACUUCAAUCCCCAAACGAACAACCUGAAGACCAGUCGCUUGGGCAUUCGCCACAGGCAGCGAUCGAUCAGCAGCCGCAAGAACAACGGGUUCGGAUGCAAUUAUUGCUACAGCAGCAGCAACAUCAACAACAGCAGCAGAUGCACACUCCUCCCCAACAAUCGUAUCAGCAAUUCCAACAUGUAGAGCCGUCGCCGCAAAACGUCGCCAUGGUGUCCCCGAUUAGUUCCAUGCCUUCCUCGCCUCAGCGUCACAAUGCGAAUCCUCCAGCGCUUGACCGACGUCUGAGCUACGAUCAGAUCCAACAAUAUCAACAGCAGCAGCAGCAACAACAACAGCAGCAACAGCAAGAACAGCAUCAACAACAACAGCAGCAGCAACCACCGCAACAACAACAGUACUACCAACAGUUGCAACAGUACUAUCAGCAGCAAGUGCCGGUCUACCCCGGCCAGACAGUCGGUCAGGGAGGUUCGCUCGCAGGCGUCCAAGCGAGCUCCCCUCCACGAGCGGUUCCUCUAUUUUACAGUACGGGCGUAGCUACCCCGCAGGCAGUUCCCGCCCCGGUCCAAGCUUGGACGGCCAUAUACCCGACGAGGCAGGAUUCGUCCUAUCCAUGAAGAUUUGAGAUCGAAGAGAAAUGGAUUACGCCGAGCAACAACAGAAAUGUCCUCAGGGGGAUAGCGUAAAACAGGGAACCCGCCCUAGAACGGUUCGGACACUAGUCGCUAUCGAUGAAGAGCGUUGAGGAGUCAAGCACAUCGUUCGUUUUGGCUGUUAUCGUCAUUUUUAUCCUGCAUGUAUCU